AUGCUGGUACGCUUGCGUUGUAUCUACCAGGUCCACUAUUGCACCAACUACGCAGCCAAGAUGGAGCUGCCAAUCUCUGAGAUGGUGGCUGUGAUUGCUGCUGGCUUCAAGCGAUAUCAAGAGCGAUACGGCGACGAUGACAGCGAUGAUGUGCGAGAGCAGUGCUUCAAGCUCGUGCGGUCCAUUCACAACAUGAUCAAGUCGAAGACACAAUUCUCAGCUCCCCAAGUCGCAAUGAUCCUUCUCGGCCUGGGCAAGAAGGGAGAGAAGUAUGUGUCGCACGACUUUCAGCCUCUAGUUCUUUCUUCAUUCCUAGCGCACCUUGACCGUCACUUUGCUGGUGACACGCUCGCGGCUGAGCCGACACACACCGAGCAGGAGUCGUACACGAUCACCCUGCAACAAAAGGGAAGAGGGCCGAGACAGAUCGUUCUGAGCAAUCAAGUGGAUGACUAUAUUCAUCGUCCCACCAGCAGAGAGCUACAAGACGGCCGCCAGUUCCUCGUAGCGCGUGUGGGAGAUGAGGUCGGAGACGCCAGUAAAGUGGCUCUGCCACCGAAGCUGACGGGUUUGACGGCUUUCACCGACGUCGAGAUGAAGGACGUUUAUCUCUACCAGUUCAUGGAGGCCUUCUUUGCAAUGCGCCUGACGAAAGCGGAGAUGGACAGCGAGGAAAAGAGGGAGAAAAUGAAAGAAAAAUGAAAGAACUUCGAGGAUGUCCAUCGAUCAGAGGAAGACGCCAAAAUCUAUCGAUACCUGCGUGACAAGGAGAGCGAGCAUGUCACAUCACUCGCAGAAGAGACCCAGAAGUUCCUCAAUGACCAAUACGACCGCCUGUACGCCAAGAACAGGGAGACUGAAGAUGACGUGUUGCAGCUGCUGGGGCUCGCCUACCUGUCUGGCCUCACUGGCGGCAAGAAAACCUUCUCUCACAUGGAGAUCCUGGCGUCAUCGCUCGCUCGACCGACGACAGAAGACAGCCCGCAGAUUGCCGCUCCUGCGGCGCCCGUGUUGAAGGCGUGCUUCGCUAAGUAUAUCAAUGCAUCGCUGGAUGCAGUUGGGUGUGAACCUAUUGAUAUCGAAACAGCAACAGAGGUGAGAUGAUGAUAAGUAUGAGUGCAUUAUGCAUUGUAUCAAUCUAAACUGUCUGUCUCUCUGGUGCGUGCAUCUCUGUGUACCUUGCAUUGAAGGCGUUGUCGAAGACCUCUCUCGAUGACCGUCAUUCAGCAUGUCAAUCAAAUGGAAGCCGUCAGGAUCAACUCAACGAUGACCUGCAGCAGCAACGGAAGAAGCUUUGUGGAAUCGGCCACAGCCACGGCACGUCAGAUGAAGCAAGCCUCUUGAGUAGCUUCUCCUCAAAUCUCUUCACACACGGUGGUCACUCGAUGGAUGCUGCCGACCUCACUCGACUGCUGGCGCAGCCGGCGUCCGCAUUCAAGCCGCCUGAGACGGGCGACGACAAGAACCGUGAAGACCUCCUCUGUACAGUGGCGAGCCGUUGCCAAUUGAACGAAGAGCAGAUGCGGGCGUUCCAAAUUAUCUGCAGCCACUUGCUGAACCACUACAAAGACCUGCAGGACAACAAAUACGUCACGCCAUUGCGCAUGUGCCUGACCGGCGAGGGCGGCACCGGCAAAACACACGUCAUCAAAGCUGUGAAGGCCUAUUUUGCUGAACUGCAAUGCCGACAUUGGCUGCGCCUGGCAGCACCUACCGGCGUGGCUGCAGAUAAUAUCGGAGGCUCGACCCUCGAUUCGCUCCUGCACAUCUUCGAUGACUUCAAGAGCGGCGACAAGAGGCUGCGGCGCCAAGCGGUGAAGCAGCAGACAAUCGAUGGUGACCGCAUUUGCAGAGAGGAGUCUUGGAAGCACAUCCAUUACAUGAUAGUCGACGAGAUCUCUUUCGUCAAUCGCCAGAAGCUCGACAAUUGUCUGACCGAACGUGUUUUUUCUUAA